AUGUCCAAUCUAAGUAUAUCAAGUAGAGAUCCAAGUCAUUCCCAUUCUAGGUCACAAUCAGUUUUGGACUUAGGUAAUGUUGGUGGUACUAGUUCACCAAAAAAGAAACAAUCACAUCAAAAAUCUAAAUCAAUAACAAAACCAUUCAUUAUCCAUCCAUCUUUAUCUGAACAAUCAUUUGGUGACUCAAUAGGGAAAAGAACUUCAAGUUUACCAAAUUUUAAAGAACUAGGUCCACCAGAUUUGAUACAUAUUUCCAACUACAAUAAGAUUUCUCAAAAAGAAGAAGGAAAUUAUCAUUAUAUUACUGGGUUAGAUGUUAGUUCUCCCGUUGCACCAUUGGCAUAUUUAACUACUUUGAAUUUGAACUCCAGUAAUAAUUCUUCAAAACAUCCAAAUAUUUAUACUUAUUGUUCUUUUAAUUCAUUUUCAAGAUGUGAUGUUAGAAUUAGAAUUGAAUUCCCCAAUAAUAACAAUUCAUCAUAUCAAUUACAACAAAUUCCAAGUGAUAGAAGUAAUAAAACUUUAAUGGAAGUCAAUGAUGAUGUUUGGGAAGAAUUAUUUGUUAGUUCAGUUAUAAGAUCUGUUAUUAUAAAUUUAGAUUUUGAAAGGAAAUUACCUUCAUUAGUGGAAAAACCAUUAAUUAAAUCAAUUCAACAUUCUAAAACAAUCAUAUCAAAAUUAAUUAAAUUCUUGGAUAAAGGUUAUUUAUUAGGUUGUAUCUCUACUGUUCAAAGACCUUCAUUAGUUCAAAAUUUCCUUGUUGAUACAUUAUUAAAAAUUGUGGAAUUAACAAAUUUAUAUGAUUAUACAAUUGAAUUAUUAACAAAACAUAAAAAAACAGAUCAAUUAACAAUUUUAAUCAUCAAAAUAUUAUUUUUAAAAGAUUCAGAAGUUGAAGCAAUAAAAUUAAUUAAUCAAUCAUUAAAAUUAAAUCCAAGAGAUACAUUAAUCUUGAAUGAACAAGUCAAAUUUUUACUUUCAAGAGAACAAUAUGAAUUAGCUUUAAACCCUGCAUUAUCAGCUGUUAAUUCUAAUCCUGUUGAUUUUGAAAGCUGGUUGAAUUUAACCAAAUUACAUAUCCUAAGUGAUAAUAUCCCUAUGGCAUUAGUUGCAUUAAAUUCUGCACCAAUGUAUACAAUCCGUUCAAAAGAUUUAAUUUUCAUUGAAAAUAAAGAUUCAUUAGCAUUACCAUUUCCUAACGAGGGGAAAAUUCAUAAAGUUUGGGGAAAUAUAUCACAAAUUCAUGGAUUAGGUUCAGAAAAUUUAAUUAAAUUUUCUCCAAGAUAUGAAGUUGAAGCUUGUGAUCCAACACUGAUUAGAAUUAAUCAAACACCAUUAAAAGGAACAUAUAAAUUAACUUAUGAUUUAUUAAUCUUAAUUAUAAAUAAAAUUGGCUGGGAUAAUUUAUUAAAAAUUAGAUCUCAAGUUUUCAUUAUGGAUGAUGAAUAUAAAAAAACUAUAUCAACAACAAGUAUAGAUGAAAAAAAUGGUGGUAGUAAUAGUAGUAUUACAAAUAAAAGACUUUGUGAAAGAUGGUUAGAUCAAUUAUUCCUUGUGUUGUAUGAAGAUUUAAGAGUCGUACUGAUAGUGGAGAAUGAAUUAAAUAAUGCAAAACAAUUGAAACAUAGUGGAUUAGAAUGGCAAUUAAUCGGUUUAGCAUCAUUUAGAACUCAACAUUUCAAAAAUUCCAUUGCAGCAUUAAGAACUUCUCUUAGUGCUAAAUUUGAUAUUAUUUCUGCUCUUAAAGUUAUGGAACUUUGGGAAAAUCAAUAUUAUAAUAGAGAUUUUAAAAUCUGGAAUAAAUUAAAUAAAUUUGGAAAUUUUGAUAUAACUCUAGAUCAAAUCUUGGAUAUCUUGGUCAGAGCAAUAAGCUUUAAUAUUAGAUUUUUCAAUGAAUUUCAAUUAGAUAUUUUAUUAUUCCUCAAGAAAUUCUUAACAAAAUAUGAUGUUGAUUUUAUCAAGAAUAAAAUUCAAGUUUUAUUUGAAAAUGAUAAUAAAGAUUAUAAGAAUUCUGGUGUUAUUCCACCUUUUGACUCCUUAGUUGCUGAUACACUAAUGUUUUCACAAUAA